AGAAUUUGAUACCAGGGCACUUGGAGACUGAUUGGGGUGCAUUGUGAGGGGCCUGGGGUCGCUGAUUGGUUCAAGGAAAGGACCAUAACUACAAGGAGUUUAUAUUCAUUCAACUUGUUGAAGUCCUCCCGCAGUCUGGAGGGAAGUUUGUUGGACUGUUUCUAUGAGGAUUCAUCAGAUCUUUCUGCUGGCUACAUUUGAUUAUAACAUGGACUGAUGAGGCAGGCUAAAGACUUGGCAAACAUGGCAAAUGCAGACAGCGAAGUCAAAACGCUGCUCAAUUUUGUAAACCUGGCAUCCAGCGACAUCAAGGCGGCACUGGACAAGUCGGCUCCGUGCCGGCGCUCCGUGGAUCACAGAAAAUACCUGCAGAAGCAGCUGAAGCGCUUCUCUCAGAAGUACUCCAGAGUGCCGAGGUGUCACACACACAGGUCCACGGACUACAGGUGUCUCAAGCCGGCGGGAGCGGCUCAUCAGAGCGCGCAGAAGGGCGGCUCUGACGCGCGGGACGCGGAGAGCGUCGGAGGCGUGGAGCAGGUGCCCAUGAGGAAGCGCCAACUGCCUGCCUCGUUCUGGGAGGAACCCAGGCUGACCAAAGCCAAGCGGGACAAAUCGUGCUCGAGGAGAAGCCCCGUGGGAGCAUCCGAUGGAGGCGAAAAGAGAAAAACGAGCGGGGAUGAUGACGCGAAGGCCUCUCCCUCCAAUCGGCGCAGCUCUGCGGAUCGAGAGGUGCUGAAGCUGGAUGUGAGCUCGCAGCACUCGGUGAGCGUCUGCGGCUGCUGCCCGCUUCAGUACCAUGGACACCAUGUCCUCCACAGCCACAUUGUUGUCCCUCAUCCGCCCCUGGCACUGUGGAGCAAGGCUUCAGGGACUGAGGAGCAGCCUUAUGUACAGAGACUUCACACGCACGUGGUGGUCAAACCCAUCCCCACKAAGCCCACUGCUCAGUCACCCAUCUUCAGUGUGUUCGGAUUCAUUUAAUCAGCCAUCCAUCACACCGGAUUGUGUAAAUAGGACUAUUUGUUCAUUUUAAUAAUGAUAUUUUGGAGUUUCAUAAUGAGACACUUCCUUGAGCACUUUCUGGAAUCCUGCAUCUCUUUUUUUAAAACCUAAACUGCACUGGCUCAAAAAAAAUCUGCUUCCGUUUUAUGUCAGUUUCAUGCACCUAUAAACACUGACAGUAAGUUUAAAAGUUUCUUCUGUACAGAGAAUGACAGCUCUAUUUUAGGUACAAAAAGUCAUUCACAAGAAUCAGCUGUCACAGCGUCCACUUUUAACUCUGAAARUCAUCUUUGCAACACGUUUGAUGUUUCUGACAUGACAACUUUCAUUUUCUUUAAAUAAAUGAUUCAAUGUUU